UGUUAAGAGUGUUAUCUCUGUGCAAGUCAUGAGUGCUAGAGGGAUGGGGUGCAGGACAUUGUGUCCGCUAUUCACAAUUUUAUUACUAUUUGCGACAUGGAAUUGUGUUCAUAUGUUGGAUAGUGGUAUGCUCUUUCCUCGAGAGUCCUCUUCACGUGAGAUAAGAGAGAUAAACGGCCUGUGGAACUUCAGAGCCGAUUUUUCACUCAACAGGAACUUAGGUUUUGAGCAGGCAUGGUUCAAAAGUCGCCUGGCAGAGACUGGCCCUGUGAUUGACAUGCCUGUCCCUGCCAGUUAUAAUGACAUCACUCAGGAUUACAGACUGAGGGACUUCGUGGGGUGGGUGUGGUAUGAGCGAGAGGUGGUGGUUCCUCAGCGCUGGCUUGCUGACGAGGGAACCAGAGUAGUGCUCAGGGUGGGAAGUGCACACUACUACUCAGUUGUCUGGGUCAAUGGGGUGAAAGUGACGGAACAUGAGGGAGGUCAUCUUCCCUUUGAGGCAGAGAUCAGUGAUGUGAUCCGUAAGGAGGGAGGUGUGCCCUGUAGGAUCACCAUCGCUGUCAACAACACCCUGACCCUCCAGACCCUCCCUCCAGGGACCAUCCAACACAUGGACGACCGUUCCAAGUAUCCCGCUGGGUACUUUGUGCAGAGCACAAACUUUGACUUUUUUAACUACGCUGGACUUCAUCGCCCUGUGAUGCUGUACACCACUCCCAAGGUCUAUGUAGAUGACAUCACGGUGCUGACUAGCUUCUCGGACAACAUCGGUCUGGUCAGCUAUAAGGUGUCAGUCCUGGGAAGUCCCAACCCCACAGUGAAGGUCACUCUUUCAGACAAAAAUGGCCUCUGUGUGGCUUCCUCGACUGGAACGUCUGGUGUCCUCAAAGUGGUUGAUGUCAAUCUAUGGUGGCCAUAUCUAAUGCAUGAGAAUCCAGGCUACUUGUAUUCUAUGGAGGUUCACAUGACCACUGCUGGUGAGACUCCUCUAUACAACGACGUGUACCCUCUUCCUGUUGGCAUCCGCACUGUGCAGGUCACCAGCACACAGUUCCUCAUAAACGGCAAGCCCUUCUAUUUCCAUGGAGUGAACAAACACGAGGACUCUGAUAUUCGAGGUAAGGGUCUGGACUGGGCCCUGAUAGUGAAGGACUUUAACCUGCUCAAGUGGCUGGGGGCCAACUCGUUCCGCACCAGUCACUACCCCUACGCUGAGGAGAUCAUGCAGAUGUGUGACCGCCACGGCAUCGUAGUGAUCGACGAGAGCCCUGGGGUGGGCAUCAAGGACAUUCGUAGCUUUGGAAACGCAUCCCUGGCUCACCACCUGGUGGUCAUGGAGGAGCUGGUGAGGAGAGACAAGAACCACGCCGCCGUGGUCAUGUGGUCCGUAGCCAAUGAGCCAGCUGCAGAGAUGCCCCCUGCUGGACAGUAUUUCAAGACUGUGAUAGCUCAUACCAAGUCUCUGGACCAGACUCGACCCGUCACAUUUGUUUCAUCCAGUGACUAUGCCAGGGACAAAGGGGCUCCAUACGUGGACGUCAUCUGUGUGAACAGCUACUUCUCGUGGUACCACGACCCUGGUCACUUUGAGCUCAUCCCCAUCCAACUCAAGACCCAGUUUGAGAACUGGUACGGGAAGUACCAGAAACCCAUCAUCCAGAGUGAAUACGGUGCCGACGCGGUUCCAGGUCUUCACACGGACCCUCCUAUGAUGUUCACUGAGGAGUACCAGAAGGCCGUCCUGCAGAACUACCAUGACGUGUUCGACCAGAAGAGGAAGGAGUAUGUCAUAGGAGAGCUUAUCUGGAAUUUUGCUGACUUCAUGACAGCACAGGGGAUCACCCGCGUCGUGGGGAACAAGAAGGGAAUCUUCAGCCGCCAGAGACAGCCUAAAGCUGGGGCCUUCCUGCUGAAGGAGAGGUACUGGAGGCUGGCCAACGAGACCGGUCUGCUCCCUUACUGGACCCGGUACCCCUGUCUGCUCUGACCCCCGGGAGCUGGGACUAGGACAGAACAUGACACAAUCAGCACAGGCUGCCUGUAAGUGUACACCGCACACAAUGUCAUUUUCAGAGACGGGUUUAAGGUUCAAGAAGGUGAAUGUAUCAAAUGCUGUUCAAAAUAAUUGUAAAGUGGAAUGUUCUGGUUGGAAGAACAACAUUUUUCUGUACAACAUUCAAUAUGCACACUUAUCUAACAAUGUAAUUUUUUAUUCCUGGUGUUUAUCAUCGCCGUGUACAGUAUAUAAAAAGGCAGAUUUUUGGUUGGCCUCAGUGCGAUUUCAGUGUCUGUAAAUGACCAGGUUAUCUUCUUUCUGACGUUUAUAAUGUUUGAUCAAGACUAUGCAUUCCCUUGUUUACAACAAGGCCAAGUCAGAGCCUUUUAAUUGUCAUUCACAACAUCCCAUUGGUUUUCAUCAUGCCCUUAGGGAACAUUGUUUUAAUUCAAGUGAUAAUCAAAAACUUGUUCUUCACGGUCUUCUCAGUUUAUUUGUGACCUUAUACUGCAGGGUACUUGUUUGUUACAUUUCACAGUUUAUUUCAUAGGGGUGGGAAUCUUUUGGUACCUCACGAUUCGAUUAGAAUCGAUGAUUGGGGACACGAUUCCAUAAAAAAUCGAUUCACGAUUUUUUAUCAAAUUUAGAUUCAAUAUGCUUACAUAAUUUUUAUUUUAUUUUUUAUAGAAAAUAGAUUAAAAAAAAUGUGUGAAUCACUAAAAUAAUCGCAAUUCAAAUGGGAAUCGAUUUUCCCCCCACCCCUACUAGGUAGUGUGCUAGUAUGGAUGUGGAGACCUUGCCAAGCUCAGCCUCUUGUUGGGGGAAGAGCACAUUGCUGUCACACUGCUAGCCUGGUCGAUACAUAUGAAGACCGUUCAUGAAAGGCCUGUCUAAACAUCGUCUUAGUUCACAAACCACGAUAUUGAAUAUUGAGUUGAUAUUAAGUUAACAUUGAGUUGUCUGAGCAACUUAUUGAAGGGUAAUGGGGGGGGAGGGGGGGGGGGUUGAACGACGGUUUAGUCAGGGCAACCCCCUCCCCCCUUUUUGGAAAAAAAAACAAACAAAUAACGCUGUUACACUGCGAUGUGUUGCGAUGGUUUCCUUUCCAUGGGGAAAACACACACCACACACACACACACACCAUAACAUAUAUAUUACCUAAUUAAUUUAACUGAUAUCAGUUAUCAACUGGUUUGAGCAAGAUUUGAACCAGACGUACCGUGUUUGGCAAUAGACUCGAUAAGCACAUGCCCAGUGAGCCACAGAGGGUUCCUGCAAAGUUGCAAUCUACAAGACAGUGUAAUUGCUCUUAUGACAUUUGGAUUCAAUAUAUGCUUAGACUUCUGUCUUUCACUUUUCCAAAUACAGUAUUGUUAUUUCAUGCAAAAAUGCUGUCUUGAUACAGAGCAAGCCCAUGUUUUUAUAGAAUUGUGACUUUUGAAUAGCUUUUGCACAAAAAGCAUCAAUAAAAUAUAUUUUAAACAUUAAGUUUCUAGUACUGCAGUGAUUCACACAGUUGAAAUGAAAAUUAUUCUUAUUCUCUCACAAAAUAAAGGCAGACUGAGUGCUUUAGAGGGAAUGUUUUAAUGGUUGACCAUUUCCACACAACAAUGACACAAUUUAAAAUGUUCACUGUAGUGUUAACUUUAGCAACUGUUUCCCGCAAGGUACGCUGGCCUCCGAUUGUUUUUCUGCACCCUCCUAGCAUUCCCGUAACACUUUUCCAUGUAAGAAAAUACAGCAUUUUAAAAAUUAUAUUUGG